AUGAGUAAUUUUGAAGAUCUAUCCGAUGAAAUUAUUAUUUCGAUCUUCGAAUAUUUAACAUUAGAAGAAUUUAGUUCAAUAUUUGGACAACUAAAUAAUCGUUUAGCAUGUAUUGUUUUUGAUCAUCCAUGGACACAACAUCGACUUAAUAUUCAAAUGAUUGCUAAGGAUGAAGCUUUAGAGGAAAAAAUUAAAUUUAUUAAUGAUAUGAAAUUAACAUCACGUAUAUCUGCAAUUCAUAUUCGUCCACAUUGUAGUUAUGAAAGUAUUGGUAAAUUUAAUGAACUCAAUCCAUUGGAAAAUUUUGAUAAAUUACGAGCACUAUCUUUAAAUCAUGUAACAUUAGAAGAGGUAAGUUC